UUCAUUAAUAAGUAUCGAAAUUAGUUAUUUUAUAGCAUAUAAAAUGUUACUUAAUUGCUUAAAAAAUUUCUGCCAAAAGCGGGAUGUUUAUUCUCAAAAGUUCGUUACAUUUCUCGAACUCACGGAUUUGACUCAUGAAAAUGAAACUGCAAUUUUAGAGCUGCUUUGUGAUCUUUUGAUGAAUCCAGAGUACGCUAGAGAUGUAUCAGAGCAUUUUCCACAACUAUUGCUCAUUUUACUUACAAGUGCUAUUAAGAAAGAUCAAGAUUUAAAAUCUGAUAGAGCUACAGCAGACUUAGUACAUCAAACUAAUUGCACUGUAAUAGGAAAGUUGAUUUUAAUUCAUCCUGAUGUUUUGAGUUUUGCUCUUGAAUAUUUUGAAUUGAAUCCAGCACCUUUUGAAAGUUUGGGUAACGAUGAUGGGGUACCGACAAAAAGACGUAAAAAAUUAGAAUUUUUUCAUAAAAUAACAGAUUUUGAUAUUGUUGACUGUACAUACAAUAUCCUACAAGCUUCUUCUAAUCACUUCAAGUACAAAUGGAACUGGUCCAAGUUUUUCAAAUAUUUAUCUAAUGAAAAUGAUAAAGUAAAAUGGUUGGCUAUGAAAUGUGUUGCCGUGGUUUUGGAAAUGUCAGAAUCAUUGAGAAUAGAUUGUGCAAAAACAAUGAUAAGAAAUUUAGAUAGUUUCAUAACUGAUAUUACUAAAGAAAAUAGUGUAAACAUUGUCAAUCAACUGAGUAUUCCGGCGAAAGAAACUGAAGAAAUUGCCAAAAAUAUUUCAAAUGUAGUAUCAGUGGCUGGUGUCUUAUUACCAGUUUUUAGAAAAGAAACAAAAGAUGUAAAAAGCGAUUUAAUUUCUGUACCGUCAAUGGAAGAAAAUCUUCGUAGCUUAGCUCUUGCAGUAGCUUCCAGAAAAUGUGUUUGCUUGCAAGGUGCAGUUGGAUGUGGUAAAACUGCCAUAGUUGAGCAUUUAGCCAAAAUAACUGGUCAUGGAUCUUCAGAUUUUGUUAAAGUACAAUUAGGAGAUCAAACAGAUUCAAAAAUGCUUCUUGGAACCUACAGAUGCACAGACAUACCUGGAGAGUUUAUAUGGCAACCUGGAGUUUUGACCCAAGCAAUACUAGCUGGAAAAUGGCUACUUUUAGAAGAUAUUGAUAGUGCAGCAUUAGAUGUUGCAAGUGUUUUAAGUAAUUUGAUAGAAACUGGAACCUUGUCUGUACCUGGUUAUCGAGAUACAAUACAUGUAAAAAGUGACUUCCAAUUGUUUGUAACACAAAGAUUAAUUCGAUCCACGUCAGAUCUUCACAGAAAAAUAUCUGGAGCUACAAGUCUAUUGGAAAAACAUUGGCUAUGUGUUAAUAUGGAACCUUUGUCUGAAAUUGAAUUAGUCACAAUUGUUCAAGCCUUAUUUCCAGUGUUGCAAACUGUCGCUGUAAGAAUGGUAGAUGUUUUUCUACUAUUUUCAGUUGGAGAUCACGAAACAAACAUUACUGAUGAAAAUCAAAAAACGAUAUUGAAAACUGGAAGACUAAUAUCUACAAGAGAUUUGAUUAAAUGGUGUUCAAGAGCUUCAAUAGAUUUUGUUGUAAACUCAAAGGAGUCUGCUUUGAAAAUAUUCCAAGAUGCAGUUGAUAUCUUCUGUUGUUCUGUGCCAAAUCAAGAACAACGAUUAGCAUUAGCAAUAGCUAUAGGCACCAAAUUGGGAAUUAUCAAAACAAAAGCACAGGACCUUCUUCAAAUUCACAAACCAGUUAUCAGUCUAAUGCCAGAGUAUUUCAUAGGAGGGCGCAGCAAAUUGAAAAGAAAGAAGUGGGAAACUACGCAAAUAGAACGAAAUACCGUAACAUUUUCAUUCACGCGACCGUCUGCUUGUUUGUUAGAACGUAUAGCUAGUUGUGUUAUUCAAAAAGAACCAGUUUUACUAGUUGGUGAAACUGGUACUGGAAAAACCAGUUCAGUACAGUACUUGGCAAGAAAUACAGGGCACAAAUUGAUAGUCAUUAACAUGAAUCAACAAAGUGAAAGCGCCGAUUUACUUGGUGGAUACAAACCAGUGGAUAUGAAAUUUUUGAUCUGCCCUAUCAGAGAAGAAUUCGAGUUACUCUUCCGUUCAUUUUUCGCUGUGGAACCGAAUAAAAAAUUCUUAGAUCACAUUGGGGUAUGUUAUGAAAAAGGCAAAUGGAAAACCUUAGUUGCUUUGAUGACUAAAAGUACCAGCGCUGCUGUCGGCAGACUUAAAACCAAAGUUUCAAAUAUUAACGGAGAAUCAAAAGACGCUUCAAAAAAUAAGGAUAAAACAAUGUUAAAGAAGUGGGAAAGGAUAUCUGCAAAGCUGGAAAAACUAACGUCUCAAGUGAAAAAUCAACUCUCCUUGGCCUUUGCUUUUAUCGAGGGAAGUCUAAUCAAAGCUCUGAAAGAAGGUUACUGGGUGCUUCUUGAUGAAAUUAAUCUUGCCAAUGCUGAAACUCUUGAGUGUCUUUCAGGUUUACUCGAAAGAUCUUCUGGCUCCUUAUCUCUACUAGAGAGAGGAGACAAAGAAUCUAUCAAACGUCAUCAAGAUUUUACGAUAUUCGCAUGUAUGAAUCCUGCAACCGAUGUUGGGAAGAAGGAGUUACCGAUCGGUUUAAGAAACAGAUUCACAGAAUUUUAUAUCGAUGAACUCACCGAGUUUCCAGACCUACUUCUCUUGGUGGGCUCAUAUCUCGAUGAAUUGAAUUUAUCGGCAAACAAGAAAGAAAGUAUCGUCAAGUUCUACUUGAAAGUACGAGAGCUAGCCACGACUACGUUGUUCGAUGGAACUGGUCAUAAACCACACUACAGUUUAAGAACUUUGUGCAGAGCUCUCAACGUAGCUGCUACCAAUCCAUGUAGUGCUGUACCGAGAUCUCUCUACGAAGCAUUUAGUCUCAGUUUUCUAACUCAGUUGAAUGACAGUUCGUAUCCGAUCGUGCAGAAGAUGAUUAUUGAUUACAUCUUGGAUAAAACUACAGCAAAAUCAGUGCUCGGGACGCCUAUACCAAAGCCAAGUUGCUUGAGAAACAAUGACUACGUUGAAUUUGAAGGUUACUGGGUAGUUAAGGGAAGUAUGGAGCCGCAAGUUCCGGAAAACUACAUUCUUACUCCGUCCGUGCGACGUAACUUGAAGGAUGUGGUGCGAGUUGUGUCUAUCGGUAAAAUGCCGAUUCUCCUGCAAGGCGAUACUUCCGUUGGAAAAACUAGUCUCAUCACUUAUCUUGCCAAAGCUUCAGGACACGUGUGCGUAAGAAUUAACAAUCACGAGCACACAGAUUUACAAGAAUACGUAGGCAGUUACGUAGCUGAUGAGUCUGGCAAGCUUGUUUUCAAAGAAGGCGUUCUUGUUGAGGCUAUGCGCAAAGGGUAUUGGAUUAUUCUUGACGAAUUGAAUCUUGCGCCAAGCGAUGUACUCGAAGCGCUCAACCGAGUGCUUGAUGACAAUAGGGAGUUGUUUAUACCAGAAACUCAACAGAUUGUCAAAGCUCAUGAAAACUUCAUGUUAUUUGCUACUCAGAAUCCACCUGGUUUGUAUGGCGGUAGAAAAGUUUUAUCGCGAGCAUUCAGAAACCGUUUUGCUGAAUUCCAUUUCGAUGAAAUACCAGCUGCUGAACUCGAAUCUAUCUUACACGAGCGUUGCAGUAUGCCAUUAUCUUACUGCAAGCAGAUCAUUUCAGUAAUGACAGAUUUACAAGUGCGUAGGAAGAAUACCGCAGCUUUUGCUGGAAAGCAAGGUUUUAUUACGUUGAGAGAUCUUUUCCGAUGGGGAGAAAGAUACAGGCUUGCUCCUGAUAUGGGACAAAAGCUUUAUGACUGGAGUCAACAUUUAGCCGACGAGGGUUAUUUAGCACUUGCUGCCAAAGUUCGUAGAUUUGAGGAAGCUGAAGAAAUAAGAGAGGUUAUCAAGAAACAUCUAAAGCGUGAUGUUGACCCAGAAAAUUUAUUCACUCUGAGCGACAAAACCUCACUUGUUACAAAAGCUAUUUUGGAAGAUAUAGAACAGGAAAAAGAUUCGUCAUUUGCUCACAUAGUCUGGACUUAUCACAUGCGACGAAUGGCAGUGCUUGUUAGAAAAUCAUAUCAAUUCAAAGAGCCAGUAUUACUUGUCGGUGAGACAGGAGGAGGAAAGACUACUGUAUGCCAACUGAUAGCUUAUAUGAAUGCGAAAAAGUUGCACAUUGUGAAUUGUCACAUGCACACUGAAUCAUCCGACUUCUUAGGUAAUCUAAGACCGGUAAGAAAUCAGACUGACGAAGAGAAUCAAAAAUUGUUCGAAUGGGUUGACGGUCCACUAAUAAUGGCUAUGCAAAGCGGAGAUUUCUUCUUGGCUGACGAAAUAUCAUUAGCAGAUGACAGUGUUUUAGAGAGAUUGAAUUCUCUAUUGGAACCCGAACGAAAACUAUUGUUAGCCGAAAAGGGUACUGGCAUUAUUGAAGGCUCAAAAGACGUAGAUAAUACAAUUGUUGCACACGAAAAUUUUUUCUUUAUUGGUACUAUGAAUCCUGGAGGUGAUUACGGUAAAAAAGAGCUAUCUCCUGCGUUGAGAAAUCGUUUUACAGAAAUUUGGUGUGACGGCUGCACAAAACGUGAAGACUUGCAAGCUAUUAUUGAACAUAAUUUAACUAAUGAAGUUGGCGAUAACAAAACAUGUUUAGCAGAAAGUAUUUUGAACUUCGUUGAGUGGUUAUCUACUUCAGAUGUAGGAAAAAGAUUCACUGUUAGUAUCAGAGAUAUUUUGAGUUGGGUCAACUUCAUAAAUGCUAUCGUUGCGAAAGAAAAAAAAUUCAGACUUAGCGUUCCUGACGCUUUUUUCCAUGGAGCUUUUCUGACGUAUAUUGACAGUUUAGGAUCUGGAUUAACCAGUAUGGAAAGCAUUGAAAAACUCAAACUUUUCAAGGAAGAUGCAUUCGAAUUUUUACUUAAACAAAUGGAAAAAUUAACUACACCAUCUACUGAUGAUGAAAUGGAAGUGGAUUCGGGAUUGCCGUCGCCUUCAAAUGAUGUAUUCGGCAUUACUCCCUUUUACAUACCGAAAGGCUCGAAUGAAUAUGACGAAAGUUCAGCAUCAUUUACAUUCCUCGCUUCAACGACUCAGCAAAACGCUUUAAAACUUUUGAGAGCACUUCAACUUAGCAAGCCGAUUUUGUUGGAAGGAAGCCCAGGAGUGGGAAAAACUAGUCUCGUUUCUGCACUUGCCAAAGUUUCUGGUCACGCGUGUCUUCGCAUAAAUCUCAGCGAUCAAACCGAUGUAUCAGAUCUCUUUGGAGCUGAUUUGCCUGUUGAAGGUGGUAAAGGUGGCGAGUUCGCUUGGCGAGAUGGUCCAUUUUUGCGUGCUUUGAAAGCUGGACACUGGAUUCUUUUAGAUGAAUUAAAUUUGGCAUCGCAAUCCGUUCUUGAAGGACUCAACGCUUGUUUUGAUCACAGAGGAGAAGUUUAUAUUCCAGAAUUAGGAAAAACGUUUUUAGUAAAGCCUGAAACAAAAUUGUUCGCUUGUCAAAAUCCAUUACGUCAAGGUGGUGCAAGACGCGGACUGCCUAAAUCUUUUUUGAACAGAUUCACUCAAGUUUUCGUUGACGCAUUAACCGAUGAGGACUUGAAAUUUAUAGCCGGCUCGCAAUUCCCACUAAUUGAAAAAGAUGACAUUGGUAAAAUGAUUGAAUUUAAUUCACGACUGUUAAAGGAGGCUGGAGUCUCUUGGGGUUUUUACGGAGCCCCAUGGGAAAUGAAUUUAAGAGAUAUUACUAGAUGGUGUGAAGCCACAGUCGCCGCCGCUGAAACUAAAGCAGAUGAAAAAGUUACUUGUAACCCUGGUAGUUCCGUUGAACUUAUUUAUGUUGACAGAAUGAGAACAAAAGAAGACAAAGAAAAAGUGAAAGAAAUUUAUAGGAAAAUAUUUACGGAAGAAAAUUACCCACUUUUACCGUCACCAGUAGUGCAUGUUACUGAUGAGAAUGUUUAUUUUGGAGAGGUGGAUUUAAAACGAACGAAAACAGCAGAGUAUAUUGAUCAAAAAUUGUUAAUUCUACGUGAUCAAAUAUCAACUCUUAGAAGUCUUGCUCAGUGUGUUCAGAGAAACUGGAUGUCGAUAAUUGUAGGUGGAUCUGGAUGUGGCAAGAGUAGUGUUGUACGAGUUUUAGCUCAAAUGACGGGACAAAAGCUCAAGUCAAUCGUUGUUAACUCAGCAAUGGAUACGACUGAAAUUUUAGGCGGUUUUGAACAGACUGAUUACAACAGGCACCUCGAGCAACUAGUCGAGAAAACAGAAAACUUGCUGACUCAAUUUUUAAAGACGAAAGUACGGAAGGAAAACAUCAACCAGAUAGAGAAAUUCCAAGCUUUAAUUGAAAGAGUACGCGAGCUUUCUCACGCUGAGUGCGAGUCGAUAACCAUGGCGAUUGCGACGGAACUUUUCCUUGAAAAACUUGAAUGCCUGUCGGCGUUAUUGAAGGAGAUGAAGAUUUUCAAAAGUUCCAUGCGCGUUGAACUCACGACUAUCGAAUCCGAUGUGCAGAAACUUAAGGACCGCGUUGAGAUGGAAAAAUGUUUGAACGCCGGUGGCAAAUUCGAAUGGGUCGAUAGUAUUCUCGUCAAGUGUCUUCGAGAAGGAACGUGGCUGCUAGUAGAUCAAGUAAAUCUAUGCAGUCCUGCUGUACUCGACAGACUCAAUGGUUUGCUAGAACCCAACGGAGUAUUGAGUAUUGGCGAGCGUGGUGUCGAUAGCGAUGGCAACGUCGUGACCAUCAGACCACACGAAAAUUUCCGACUUUUCUUGACUAUGGAUCCAAAAUACGGCGAGAUAUCCAGAGCAAUGAGAAAUCGAGGUAUCGAAAUAUUCAUGCUAAAUUACAACGAGAAUCUUAAUUCCGGCAAAUUAGACUUCCGAUCAUUGUUGCACAAUGUCGGUAUGACGAAACGCAACCACCAGGAAGCUUUGAUGGCCGUGCACAAACGCAUGACCGAAGAUCCAACGAAUACAGACAACUUGAACGUCAUCCAACUUCUGCAUAGCUCAUUUCUAGUCGUUCAACAAUUGUCGCGUGGUUUCUCGGCGUUUCAGGCAUUCAUGAGCUCCUGCAAAGACGUGUAUCUUCGAGCCCGAUCGAUCUUCCACGGCGAGACGCGAAACAAACUUACUGCCAUCGUCGAGGACACCAUUCGGGAGUACGAAGUCAACGAGGGCGAUGACUACGUGUUUGACCUUGACGCAGCCACGUGCAGCUUGAAGAAUCUUCAAGACAACUCGAAAUUAACUUUGCUCAGGCAGCAGGGAUUACUUUUAGAUUGGUGUGCCAAUGGAUAUGCCUGGGCAUUGAAUCACCCUGAACUAGCAGAAUUCCCAGCCAAGACGGUCUUCCUCAAUCAAUUCUUUGCUUCGCUGUUCGGUGAUGAACCAGCUUACAGCACCGAGGUUUUACACAUUCUUCCUUACGUGCUGCUUAACUUUUACGAGCAUUCGACCCCAAGCGAUGCCGUACUUCGCGCUGCCUGGGCUCACAAUAUUUUCAAGCAAUGUGAUAAAUUUGCUGUUUUAAAUAACAGAAAUAAAGUGCUGGCUAAUCAGAUUCAAUCUUUUGGCUUUGGUAAUUACGAUCACAGCUUACCCUGGGACAGAAAAAAUUUUGCGCAUGCUAAUAAUUUGGCGUUAAGCUUGUUUUUCGACGCUUUGAUCGUCGAUGAGGAGCUGGAUACUGAUUGGAUAAUGGGUAGCAAUGAAAAGAUUAUUAGAAUUGGACAAUUUUCCAAGGCUCAAAGUUCGGGUAAAAUGACCAUUAAGUUAAAAGAUCAACCUCUCGUAACUAAUUUCCUAGGAUUCUUAGCGCAAAUAGAGAAGUGCAUAGACGACAUACUGAAAAAUACCAAGAGAAUAAUCGACGACUCACAGUACAUGAUUUACAGACAAAAAUUGAGAUACAUCAAUAGAUUUGGUAAUAUGGGUCGACUGAUCCUUAUCAACAAAACUGUUAAGUCAAAGAGUAUCUUCGGCAAUUUGGACGAGUGCAUUCUUCUGCUAAAAGUCCACUACAGAUGGCUGAAGAAGUUCUUCACUUCUCUCGAGGAAGAUUACAAGGAAGGUGAAAUUAACGAUGAACACAAGGAAGACAUUACUGAUUUGAAACGCAUGAUGGAAGAAAUCGAUAAUAGCUUGAUGUCGACUUACGAUCCUUUCAGAAAAGUUUGCAAAGCUUAUAGAAGACACAUCAAUUCACCAUUGCCAUGCUCACAAGAUUUAGUAUUGAACUGCAACUCGAUACUUCAGGGUAUUACCGAAUCUUUCACAUCGUCGAAAAAUAAAUAUAUCAAUACCAACUUGUCAUAUGAACAAAAAUUCUUCACUCUGCAAACGAAAGAAGCUUUGCACGCCCGUUCUCUGUUGAUUACUCUAUGGAGCAAAAUUUCAGCUAAUGAGAUACUGAGUGAUGAGGUACUUGUUUUAAUAGACAACUUAAAUAAAUUCUGCGAGGAACGUCUGAAUAUCGUCGAGUCGAAUGAAGAUUUUGAUUCUGAAUUGGAAGCGUAUUCAUGCAAAGAGUUGGCUAAGACCACAGCAAAAAUCCAGAUGUGGCCAAUUCACGAACACAUGUUCACAGUCUAUGUGAAUAUGUUGCAAAAGAAGUUGUGUGAAAAGUUAGAUGAGAGAAAUACUCAGGUUACGUUGCCAUCAAUUAGUAUCCCUCCUCAACAACUAAACAUUCCAAAUAUACCUAUUCAGUUGCUUGCUACUCUCAACACCAUCAGUGCAAAACAAGAAGAAAAAACAGAAAGAAAUCGUUUGCUACUCGCUCUAUUAAUUUGGUUUUUACCUUAUACUGAGAACUCUUAUGCCAUAAGAAAAUAUAAACAGAUAUUGCACUGGAAAAUUGCUUAUGGCAAAGAUAAAUUACCAGAAGUGUCCGAUGUUAACAAUGCUGCCACUGGACCUGUACUUAUUAAUUUGGUUACUGAACUCCUCCUGAAUAAAUCUCAACGACUGCAUUCCGAUAAAUCAACCACCGUCAUUGCAACACCACUUAGAAAUUAUAAUACACAUUUACGACAGAUGAAAACUCUGAACGACUUGUUGUGGAAGAAUAGUAUUUCUAUCAACUCUCAGCAAUUCAAUCAAGAAACCAAUGACUUGAAAGCUUUGCAAUCUCUGAUAGAUGACUUUUUAUUAGCUACAGAUGGAGUGCAAGCUACUUGCAGCAUCAAAAAAUGCCUCGAAGAUGAAAAUUUAAGAUCUGCUGUUCAGUCGACUAUUAAAACCGAAUAUGUGGACCCACUGUUGGCUUUAUUGGAAAUUUCAGAUCAGCUGAAGAAGACUGAAGAAGAUAAGACUGCAGAAUGUAUCGCUUUGAUCAGGGGUAAAGCUUGGGUUUAUCUGGGAUACCUGCAAGCAUUUAUAUUCAGCAAUAUGGGAUACAUCGAUCCAGUGCACAAAGUCGCGCUUAAGUUGCGUUAUAUAGAAGAAGAUAUUACCGAUUGCGAAAAUACAGCUUACGUCGCUAAAUUGUAUUCAAGAACUUUAGGACUUAUGGACGACCAUACACUUCAUCCAAGACUUACAGAGGUGCAGAAACAUCUAGUGAAACUUAAUGACGAAAAGAAUUCGUUGCAGAAUCUUAAAGCUGUCAGACCUCCUCACGCUGAUUUUGUUGCUCUUUCCAAAGAGUUCACUAAUUUCCGAGUAUCUCUCGGUGCUUAUAAGAAUGUUAAAAAAUAUAUUGACCAGUUGACUGCAACUGUUCAAAAAUUGAAAAAAGAGAAUAACGAGAAAAAUAAAGAAUGUGCCAAAUCCACAAAACGAGAAUCUGAAAUUUAUUUAGAAUCCAUACGUAAGUUUAUGGAUCAGGUAGAAACGAAAUAUCUAUCCGGUUACCCAGACAUAGUUUUUCCUAUCCUUGCUGGUCUUGCCGAAAUGCGUCACGGUCUUUACAUUCUCAUCGAUGAAAGUAGCAAACAGAUAGCCAUUGCCGAAACCGACGUGAUAUCAAAAAAUAUUGAAGUGAAAUCGGGAGAUACCGGCGAGGAAUCGGAAACUAUUGAAUCAUUCCUACAUAAAUUAGUGUGUUUCCCGACAAUCGGCCCUCAUCAAGACAGUUUGCUAGAACUGGUUAAACUUUGCACAACAUAUAAGAACAGAGAAAUGCUGAACGCUAACGUGAAGUCGGAGAAAACAUUUGUCGCUCUACAAGAACAGUUCAGACUGACCAUUACUGGCCUCUACGAGUUUUACAAUUACAUUAUUCUAAAGGGCAACUUGACAAUAGAUUUAUGGUCGGACUUAAAUUUUCUUCUUAAGCAAAUUGUGCUGAUUUGGCAACAACAGCAACAAGAAAUCGAAAGGAACGAGGUUGAAAAAGAAAAUUUAUAUAAAAACCGAAUUAAGGUCCAAGGAGGUAGUUUGACCGAUGAAGAAGAAAUUGCUCAAGAACUGAAAGCUUUGUUCCCUACGUACCGAGAUGAAGAUUUUGCCGAUAUUGACGAUACUAUGCAUUCGACUUUGGAAAAGAAGGUAAAAACUAAAAGCAAAGAAGAAGACUUUGGGGCGUUGAUUACCGAGAACGAUAUUAAAGAAGUUCAAAAUAUACAUUCUAACAUCGUCAAAUCAUUCACCACCUCCGAAUGGCUGCAAAGUAACAACAACGAUUUUCAUCCUGAUUUUAUUGAACCUCUGCUCCAACGUUAUAAUACUUUUGGUCUACUAAUGAAUAAUGUUGCGCCAGCACUCAGUAACGAAUUGACUGGUAAACUGUAUACGAGUCUUAACGUUCUCACACAGUUGACUGCACGACUUAGUCAAGGUGAAACUUUGAGCCCUUCGAGUUGCAUCAAUAAUGCUAAGAAAGAAAGUAAACUGUAUGACUAUUACAAAGACAGCAACGUUGAAGAAGUGAAACAGUGUUUACCACUGUUGGAAAACAUCUACACCAAAGUUAGCGACUUGUUGAAGGAGUGGCCAGACCAUCCUACAUUGGUUUCAAUCAAAACAAUUUUGCAGAGAUUAUACUCUUUCCCAAUCACAUCGUCUGUUUCGAGAUUCCUGACAGGACUUGAAAUGCUUCUGGUCAAACUACAUGAAUGGGAGGCAAAUGCUCACAGAGGCGUCUCAAUGCAAGAAUUAAUUGUAACUUUAACGCAACAAAUCAUCUCUUGGAGAAAAUUGGAGUUAGCCUGUUGGAAAGAUUGUCUUACAACGAAAUACUUGGCAUUACGCUCUCAUGCUUCCAAGUGGUGGUUCUUCCUGUAUUCUCUAUUUGACAGUUAUGUAGAUCCAAAACUUGAAAAAUCAUCUGAAGCCGUGACAGCUAAAAAACUGAUUGAAUCACUUGAGUUAUUCAUGACCGAGUCGACUAUUGUAGAGUUCGAGGUACGGUUAGACUUACUUUUGACAUUCCACUGCCAUGCAUACUAUCUAGAACCAAGUAUCAAAAGAAGCGAACUCUUAGCUAUUUCCUGGAACGUUCACAACUACUACAAACAAUUCUUGUCUGAUAUUGAAAAUAAAAUCAAGUCCAUUAAAGUUCCAAUAGAGAAAAAGCUAAAAGAUUUCGUCAAAAUAGCAAGAUGGAAUGACAUUAACUACUGGUCUGUCAAAGAAACUGUAGAUAAAACACAUCGUACUUUACAUAAAUUUAUCAAAGAAUUUGAAAAUAGCUUGAGAGAACCGGUAGCGCCGUUCUUGAUUGUAAAACCAGUAUAUAAGAGUGAAGCUGGCAUUUGGGAUCGACCAGCUCACGAAGAAAAUAUAUUAAUUGAUCCAGAUAAUUAUGUUAUCUCUAAAUCACAAACGAUUAAUAUAGAUACAGUAAAAAGCGAGUUUAUCACAGAAGUUGACAAGAAAUACUUACGCAAGGCAAGAAAACUUUGUAAACAAGUCAUUCUGUCUUCAUCAUAUCCAAGCAUAAGAGUCGAUCUUGAUGACUUUAUCGAAGAAUUUGUGAGCCGUAGUGCUCGUCUACGAGCUCUUGAAAUCAAUCGAGAUCUGCCUAAGCCAAAACAGAAAGCCGAGGCCAAAAGUAUUCUACAACAAAAACGUACAGCACUCGCUGACUAUUUCAAGCAACUAUUAGCCUAUGGAAUUCAUCACCGAAGUGGAAAUCUUGCUUGGAAGAAUAGACAAGAUGAGAUUCUUGAUUUUACUAUUCCCCCAGUAGAUAUCAAAGCUGCUCUAGAUUUCGCUGAUGCAAGUUCGUUGGAAAAGAAUAUUGGCGACCAAUGGUGUAGUUGCGAAAGAUACUACUAUGGCUCUUUGAUCAAACUAGCUGCUCUAAACCGUACAUUAACGGCAACCAAAACCGAUCUUGGAGCUCAAAAUGUCGAAUGGUGUCGAGGUUUCUCUGCGCAUCUCAUGCUUCUAGCCAACAAACAGAAGAAACAAUUAGCAUCUGUCUUGAAGUACUUUAUGAGCUUGCGCAACUACGUGUCAGAUUUAGCUAAAUUGAACUUCAACAAAUUCACAAAUAUAACGCAGGAAGAUUUAGACAUCAUUGCGAAAGAUCUCAAAGAUCUGUUGAUUACUGCUCGUGCUUGUUUUGAACAGUUCUUGAUCUACAUGCAAGCUUGUCCAACUGAAACUCUCGUUGAGGAUGAAGGUGAUAGUUACAGUUUAUGUAAUAAUAACUUACCUAUAAUCGACUGCAAGAAAAACGACGAAGUAUGGUAUAAAGCUGUUAAUUACAUAAAGGAAAGUUUAGAUAUCGUGUUAGAUAUUUCAAAGCGUUGGAAAACUGUAUUUUCAGAGUUGAUAAUUAUUCCUGAAAACAACGAGUCAAAUAGAAGUACGGUUACACUUAUAACAUCAAAACACUUUACGUUUUUGGUUGAAAGUUUUGACUCUUUGAAAAAUGUUUAUAAUAAGGUACAAGAAUUUUCAAUCAUCUUCGACACCUCGAAUGAAGAUAAACAUCCUCUUCUAGAUAAUAUUCAAUUCAUCGAAACAAAAAUUUCAAGUCAGAUAAAUCAUUUCGACCGAGUGCUUCAAAAUUCUGAUCAAGAACCAGAAGUUAACUUCGCUCUGUACCAGCCAGAUUUCGACGACUAUGAAAGCGUUUUAGAUGGCUUGAUUGAAACAAUUUUACUUGUUAUACAAAAUAAAUACAAAGAUACAUUAGCCACGGAAAUGGAAAACGAUGAAAAGAAUGAAGAUGAAAUAACACAUGAUAAAAAGAAGGAAGAAGAAGUAGAAAAUGAUGAAGUGGAAGAUAAAAAUGACUUUGAAAAAAACAUGCUAAAAGAAAAACUAAUAUAUGCUGUUACAAAAGACGUAAACACCUUAAAAUUGAAAGAAAUCCAUCAGUACCUUACUAGUAUUUUGGAAACUAUAUACGAAUCUGAUGACGUAGUAGUUUUAUAUUACUUUAGAGUUCUUAAAAAAUGCUUGCCACUCAUGCAACAAUACCUCAAAUUCGUGCAAUUCUACCUAAGUGAGCAGAUAGCAUCUUACCGCAUCACCUGUAAAAUUCUUUAUAUGCAACUCAACGUAUUCCUUGACCUUGCCACCAACGGUUUUUGCACGCCAAAGGAUCUAGAUUUAGAACAAGAAAAAGAUGGCGAAAAGUCAUCAAACAAAGAAGGUGGUAUGGGACUAGGAGAUGGUGAAGGUGAAAAAGAUGUUUCAGACAAGAUCGAAACUGAAGAUCAGUUAGAGGAUGCAAAACCAUCAGGUCAAGAGAAUGAAAAUCCAGAUGACAAGGAUUGUGCUGAGGAGGAUAAAGGUAUUGAGAUGUCGGAGGACUUUGAGGGAAAACUACAAGAUGUAGAGAAAGAAAAAAAUGAAGAUGGCGAUCAAGAUAAUGAGGACGAUGAUGAUAUUGAUAAGCAAAUGGGAGAUACUUCUGAGGGUGCUGACAAAUUAGAUGAACAGGUUUGGGAUGAUGAAGAGGAGGAAGAGCCUCAGGGAGAAGAAACUAAUAAAAAUGAAGACGAACUUGGCGAUGGUGAAAGAACAGGAGAAAAAGAGUUCGGAGCUAAAGACGAACGUACAACCGAAGAUUCCGAGGACAAAGGUAACAAUGAAGAAAAAACUGAGCAACAAGAACAGAAGGAGAUUAACGAGAUGGAGGAGCCAGAGUAUGACGAAGACCAAGUCAAUCCUUAUCAUGGAAAACACCAACCUGAGCCAGAACCUGAACCGUUAGAUCUACCAGAAGAAAUGAAUAUCGACGACGAUGAUACUAAAGACGAAGAAAAACAAGAUGAAGAGAAUCCAUUUGACAUAGAUAGGAUGAAAGAAAAUAUGCCUCCUCCUGAAAUCAAAGAAGGCGAAGAACCCGCUGUUGAUGAAGAAAUGAAAGAGGAUAAGACUAAAAAGGACGACUCCAGUGAUGAAGAGGAUAUAAAUGACACCGAAAAAGCAGGUGAUCAAACUAAACAAGACGAAAAGAUUCAGGAAGAGACACUCGAAGAAGAGUCUGCGAAACAAGGGUCAGAACCAUCUAAAGAAACUGAAGGUGAGGAGGAAAAGCCAGAAGAAGCAGAAAAGUUCGAAAAUAUAGCUGAAGAGAAGGCGGAACCAAGUGUCGAUGAGGCAAGUAAAGAACUUGAUGCUACUGAGCAAACAGACGAGAGGGAAGGAGGCUCUAAAGAUCAAGUGGCCAGUAAUGUUGAAAAUAAACAAGAUACAACUGAAGAAUCAAAUUCUGAAAACUGGCAAGACGAGAAACAAGAUAAAGGUACUGGUCAGUCACAAGCAGAGCAGCAUGAUACUGGUCAUUCGGGUUCAUCAAUGGAAAAGAGUGUUCCCAAGCCAACUCAAGAGAACAAUUUUGAAGAGCGAGAAAAACGAAAACAUCCAGGACAGAGUGAUGAAACACAUACUCUAGCUGAAAAAAUAGAACCGGACAAGAAAAAGUUGAAGACAAUGAUUCAUGCUGAAGAACAGUUGCCAGAUGAGGACAAUAACGAAGAAGGAGCAGAAAAGGAAAAAGGAGAAGAUCCCGAUAUGUGUCAACACGUUAAAGAAAAGGAUAAGUUCGAUCAUUAUGCAAUGGACGCUGCAACCGAAGAACAGUCUAAAGAGCAAGCUUCAAAUAUGGAACAACAUGAAGAAAUUUCUGAAAAAGAAGAAGAUAAAAUGGAUAUCGACAUGCAUGAAGAUACCGAGAUCAUAGAGGAUGAAACUGUAGCGAAACAACAUCCUGAAAAGUCGCCCAACGAUGAUAAAAACAAAGAUAAACAAGAAUCUAAAGAAAAGGGUCGAGCAGAUGAUGGACAAUUGGAAACAGUUGUUGAGAUCGAGGGUGAAAAUACAGAAACUACGACAGUUUCACGAGGUGCAGAAACGGCCUUCUUUACAAAUUUAACCGAUUUUGACAAUGAAACACUAUUAAAUCGUCCGAUGGAAGAGCGAAGACAAGAGGUAGAAAAUAUGCUGAGUCAGUGGACACAUGUACCGACGACAGAAGAGGCAACUGUAGCUUGGAAUACCUUGAGUUCUGUGACUGAUGCCGCAGCUCGCGACCUAUCAGAAAAAUUAAGAUUGAUACUAGAACCUACGCAGGCUUCGAGAUUGAAAGGCGAUUACCGAACUGGUAGGAGAAUAAAUAUGAGAAAAAUCAUUCCCUACAUUGCUAGUCAAUUUAGAAAGGAUAAAAUUUGGAUGAGACGAACAAAACCAUCCAAAAGAGAUUAUCAAAUUGUUUUGGCCAUUGAUGACUCUAGUAGUAUGGCCGAUAAUCAUUCCAAAGAAUUAGCCUUUGAAUCGUUGUCACUUAUAAGUAAAGCAAUGACGUAUUUAGAAGCUGGACAACUAGCUGUUCUUAGUUUUGGAGAAAAAUCUACAGUUGUACAUCCAUUGGGAGAAACAUUUAAUGAACAAAGUGGAUCAAGAUUAAUGCAAGAAAUGAGGUUUGAACAAAAAGAAACUAAAAUUGGCCAGUUAGUGAAUGGUGUCGUUGAUAUGUUAGAAGAGCAAAGUAAUUCCACAAACAACGCAAAACUACUUCUUGUUUUAUCAGAUGGACGAAAUAUUUUCUCAGAGGGUAUCGACACGGUUAAUCGAGCUGUUCGUAAAGCCCGUUUAGCAGACGUUUUCUUGGUUUUUAUUAUAGUAGAUAAUCCUAAAAAUAAGGAUUCAAUCUUAGAUAUAAGAAUGCCAGUUUUCCGAGAAGGGAAAUUAGUUGGCAUUAAUUCAUAUAUGGAUAAUUUUCCGUUUCCAUUCUACAUGAUAUUAAGAGAUAUCAAUGCGUUACCUGGUGUUUUGAGUGAUGCUUUGCGACAAUGGUUUGAAGUAGUUGGUAAAAUUGACAUUUAAUUAAUCCAAAGAAAACUGGCAUUCAUUAUUCCAAGAAGAACUAGUAUUUGCUGUAUUUUGUUAUAUUUUUUCCUUAUUGGCCUAUCAUGUUCCACUAAAAGGUUUUGUGUGGAUCGUUGUAAAACUAUCUUUU